CUUCAAUUCUGUUCUAAAAAAAAAAAAAAAAAAAAAAAACUUCAAUUCCAAUUCAAAGAUUAUCUAAGUUCUAUAACUCUAUUAAUGAGCUGAUCUGAGCUUAGAUCUGAACCACACUCCCUGCCGUUUCUAUAUCCGAUCCGUGUAGAAAACAUCAGAGUCCGCUGGGUACAGUUUCUUCAGUGCUUGUUGGACGGCCAUGGAAACCGGUUUCUAUGAACACCUCAAAUCUCAACCGCCAUGGCUUCUUCUACUUCUAGCUCUCGGCUUUUUCAAACUUGUCGCCUUUUCACUAACCAUUCUGGAAUGGGUCCGAGCCAACUUUCUCCGGCCGGCCAAGAAUCUGAAGAAUUACGGCUCCUGGGCGCUGGUAACCGGAGCUACCGACGGCAUCGGAAAAGCCUUUGCUUUCCAGUUAGCUCGUAAGGGGCUGAACGUAGUUCUGGUGGGCCGGAAUCCGGAGAAGCUGAGAGACGUUUCCGGUGGGAUAAAGGCCAAGUAUGGGCAGAUCCAGGUGAAGAGUGUGGUGGUGGAUUUUUCCGGCGACUUGGACGACGGGGUUCGGAGAAUCCGAGAGGCGAUCGAGGGGCUUGACGUCGGAGUGUUGAUUAACAACGUGGGUGUUUGUUAUCCGUACCCGAGGUUUUUCCACGAGGUGGAUGAUAAGCUGUUGGGCGAUGUGAUUAAAGUGAACGUGGGAGGGACUACUAAGGUUACUCAGGCGGUUUUACCGGGGAUGCUCCGGCGGAAGAGAGGGGCGAUUGUCAAUAUUGGCUCCGGUUCCGCCAUUGUUAUCCCUUCAGCUCCCCUUCAUGCAGUUUAUGCCGCCACCAAAGCAUACAUUGAUCAAUUCUCAAGAUGCCUUUAUUUGGAGUAUGGCAAAAGUGGAAUUGAUGUGCAAUGUCAAGUACCAUUAUAUGUGGCAACCAAAAUGAUAUCAAUCAGGAAAUCAUCAUUCUUUAUUGCAUCAACAGAGGAGUAUGCGGAGGCAGCAUUGCGGUGGAUAGGUUAUGAAGCAAGGUGCACCCCAUAUUGGCCCCAUUCUCUGCAAUGGGCUUUGGUCUAUUUCUUCCCCGACUCUGCUAUUGAUGCCUGGCGACUCAGGGAUUGCAUGGGAAUCAGGAAGAAGGGAAAGCUCAAGGAUUCAAGGAAGAAGCAGGAACUGAUGAUGCAACUAGCUUCUUCAGCCUCAAAAAUUAGUACCACUUGAGUGAACAAAUACUUGUCAUUUUAUGAAUAUUGCAUUGACUAUGUUUGAGAGGUCAUAUUGUAGCAAGAAUAAUAUCAUAUCAACAUGCAAUGUACUUUUUACUUUAAUUUAAACUUUUGGUUGACAU